GCCUGGAGGUCAUAGUGUGUCGAUGCCAGAGCUGAAUCUGUCGCUGAUGCAACACACUGACAGGUCCGACCGGCUUCUCACAUCAUCCACCUCCUGUCUCGGGUAGAAGCCAGGUUUUGAGUCCAGAAGGCCUUGCAUCAUGGCGGAUCAACUAAGCCCAGAUGAAAAGUUUGAUCUCAUCACCAGGAACCUCCAGGAGGUUCUUGGAGAGGAGAAGCUGAAGCAGGUUCUUCAGGAGAGAGAGCUCAGGGUGUACUGGGGUACAGCAACUACAGGGAAGCCCCACGUGGCUUACUUUGUCCCCAUGUCCAAAAUAGCGGACUUCCUGAAGGCUGGCUGUGAGGUCACUAUCCUGUUUGCAGACCUGCAUGCCUACCUGGACAACAUGAAGGCUCCCUGGGAGUUGCUGGAGCUCAGGGUUAAGUACUAUGAGCAGGUCAUCAAGGCUAUGUUGGAGAGCAUCGGAGUACCUCUGGAAAAACUGAAGUUUGUCAAAGGAACGGACUACCAGCUCAGCAGAGAAUACACUCUGGAUGUGUACCGUCUAUCCUCCAUGGUGACAGAACAUGAUGCCAAGAAGGCUGGAGCUGAGGUUGUGAAACAGGUGGAGCAUCCUCUUCUCAGCGGUCUGCUUUACCCUGGACUUCAGGCUCUGGAUGAGGAGUACCUGAAGGUGGACGCCCAAUUCGGAGGAGUCGACCAGAGGAAGAUUUUCACUCUGGCAGAGAAGUAUUUGCCUUCUCUUGGCUAUGCAAAGCGUUCUCAUCUGAUGAACCCCAUGGUUCCAGGAUUGACAGGAGCCAAGAUGAGCUCCUCAGAAGAAGAGUCAAAGAUUGAUCUGCUGGACUCAAAAGAAGAUGUGAAAAAGAAGUUGAAGAAAGCUUUCUGUGAACCAGGAAACAUCCAGAACAACGGAGUUCUCUCCUUUGUCAAAUAUGUCCUGUUUCCACUACGCGGAGAAUUCUGCGUCAAAAGGGACCCCAAGUGGGGAGGUGACAAAGUCUACACUGUAUUUGAGGAGGUGGAGAAGGACUUUGCUGAGGAGUCGAUCCACCCUGGAGAUUUGAAGGCCUCUGUUGAAGCAGCACUAAACCAACUCCUGGAACCAAUCAGAAAAAAGUUUGAGUCGCCUGAACUCCGCAAACUCACCAACUCUGCCUACCCUGACCCCUCUAAGACAAAAUCUGGAGGUAAGGGCGCCAAAGGAGGAGGAGGAGGUGGUGGAGAUGACGAUGAGCUGGCCCCGUCCAGACUGGAUGUACGGGUGGGCAAAAUCAUCAGUGUGGACAAGCAUCCAGAUGCAGAUUCUCUGUACCUGGAGAAGAUCGAUGUCGGAGAGGCGGAGCCAAGGACGGUCGUCAGUGGGCUGGUCGCAUAUGUUUCACAAGAGGACUUGCAGGACAGACUGGUGUUAGUGCUGUGCAACCUCAAACCCCAGAAGAUGCGAGGAAUUGAAUCUCAAGCCAUGCUGCUAUGUGCCUCCAUUGAGGGUGAUCCCAGGAGGGUGGAGCCUCUGGACCCUCCAGAAGGUUCUUCACCAGGGGAACGGGUCUUUGUUGAGGGGUAUGAGACAGGAAAACCAGACGACAGACUCAACCCAAAGAAGAAAAUCUGGGAGAAACUACAGGUUGACUUGAAGAUAUCAGACGAGUGUGUAGCCCAGUGGAAAGACAAGCACCUGAUGACCAAACUAGGACAGAUCACAUGUAAGACACUAAAAGGAGGUAACAUCAGUUAAAUACACACAUCGUACAAGCUGCUUCUGCCAACCGUGCUACACCAAGAAUAUGUUCAUCGCCCAUCGCCGUGGCAACAACAUUAGAACUUCAUCAGGAUGGUUCUUGGAGAAUGAAUGGACAGUGAUAGUACAACUCUGUUAUUUUGUUUCAACCAAAAUACGCAACUUCAAGAGCCACAUAUGAAGCGUACUUACCUGUAAUUUUGACAACGUGUGAUACAUUAGACUUGUCAGUUAUAUAAACAAAAUGAAUCAACCGACUUGGUGUUUCUUGAUCGCUGCAGCCCAGGUCACUUACUUCUUCAAUUAGCGUAUAAGAAAUAGCUCAGGUGUCUUCAAGGGAAUUCGUGUCACAUUACUGUUAAAAAUUUUCCAUAGUCAGAUGCUUUUUUGCCUUCAAAAUAAAUGUUGGUAGUGGCCAAAUUAAUCAACACAGAUUGUGUACUUCAUUGCAGACAAUAUUUGUAUGUCGGGGAUAGUACUGUAACUGUCAUAAUCCAACAAUGCAUCAUCUCUAAUAUGAAAUAAACAGUGGUUAAAUUCUGUGGCGUGCAGAAA